GUCCUAUAUAGACACGCUUCGGCUUGGCGAGUUAAAAGUGUGUAAAUGAAAUCAAAGUAUUAAUUUAACGUUUUGUUUAACCUAUUUUGAUCAAUAUUUUAGGCAGUGUUGUCGGAAUUGUCAGUCAGUAAAACUGCGAACGACAAGACAAGUGUCUAUUCUUUGUAUUUAAAUGAUGACACAUUUUUUAAUCUCUCCUACUGUGUAUGAUAUAGCAAUUUGCUACUGUAAAUGAGUCUUCGUGUUCACGCCCAAUGAUAUCAACAUUAUUAGUGAUUGUAAGUGUUCUGCGUGCGUAUUUCUCACCCUGUUUGUGAUAUGCUGUGUUUUAUUACUCUUUUCUCAUUGCUGAUUUUCAUUUAAUAAAAAUAAUUAUUACAUUAAAAUAAUUAUUGCAGUAGUACAAACAAAAAUCGCCCUUCUAUUGACUAAAGACAAAGCUGUAGAAAGUACGUAGCGUCUGUCAAGUAAAUCCUAUAAUACCAGUUUAUUAAGAGGUUUAGGAACAGUCUAGAAUAAACUGACCUCCGUAGGAGCUGCUUCGCACGACUUAAUCUAGACUAAAAAAAACCUACAAUAUUACAGAACUGACCAAAGACACAAAAAAGCUCUACAGGUGUUAUGUCCAAGAAAGGCUCUUGAAAGCAAGUAAAAAUGGCUCUAGAUCAACUUCACGACGUGAUACGGAGAUGUCAAGCGAUUCCGGAUGAUGGCUUUAAAGCGGAAGACUAUGACCAGUUCCAGAUGGCAGGCCGGUCCUGCCUGGAAGAAGGGAAGACAGCUGAGGUCCUGGACAUCGUAACAGAUGAGAAGAACAAGGAGAUUGUGAAGAGUAUGGGCUGGAACCUGCUGGGCCCGCUUGUGAAAAUUGUUCUGAGGAAGGAAGCAGAGAGUCUGCAGCAUUGCCUGACCACACUGACACACGUAUUAGAAGUUUGUAGUCCUAAAGAGCUUCUGGUGGGCCUACUUGAACAGAUUGAAGAUGCUGAUGUGGAUAACAUAGCAGAAACCAUCUUACUGCUUUUGCAGCCCCUACAGACAGCUCUUCUAAAACUGGGCAAGAAGAAGGCCUCUUCACUGGGCAUGUCUUUGUCAACAGUUCUUAAUCAGAUCUCUCAGCUCCCAGUACCCUACACCAAAGAACAAGAAGAGGACGAUGUCUAUGGUCUUUGCCAGUGUUGCGCUGCCCUGAUUGAGUUUGUCAAGCCGUUUGUGGAUGAAGUUGAUCGAGGUCGAGAGAGUAAGGCGACUGUUGCCGAGAAUGAGCAAAGAACUGAGCUGCUGAAAUUCUGUAUGAAGAGCUUGGGCAACCCAGUGCUGCAAUCACAGCUGAACAAGGUCCCUGGAUCUGCAGAGGACCCCCCUUUGAGACACUUUGCUGCCAAAAUCCUAGUAAUUCUGUCUUGCAUUGGGGAGUCCUUCCCUGCACUACUGCUUCAUCACCUAGUAAAAAAGAGGGCAGAGCCGGGGUUUCUUGAAGAAGACGUGAAGUACCCCAAGGAGUCUCUGGCCUGUCUGUCCUAUUUGUUAUUUGUUCAGCACAUUGGCAUUGAAAGAUUGCCUACAGUCUUCAGCCCUGUAUUUAUUCUUCAGUUUAAUAUGCAGUACAUUGAAGUCCUGUUGAAAAGCUCAGAAGAAUCGAUGUUAUCCAAGGGUCUGGAAUUGUAUGAGAAAAGCCUGCAGAGAAUAGAAGACAACAGCCUCCCGAUGCAGCUUUUGGAAGUGAAGUGCUUUCUUAGUGUGCCGCAGGACUUGGUGACAGUGAUGACGCUAUGUCCUAUACAGCAUUUGAGAACAGAAGCACUUGCAGUCUUUCAGCUGUACAUGGAUAAAUUUGACACUGAAGGAAAGCAUAAAUUGUUCGGGUGCCUUUUAAAGAUCAGUCAACAUGCAGGAGUACAAGGCUACAUUAUAAAAAACAUCAAAAAUCAGAUUGAUUUUUCCCUGAAGCCAGGUAACAGUAAUGUUUGGUUCUCAGGACCACAGCUGCUUCCUCUUCUACAUCUCGUCCUGUCUCUGCCCGAAGGACCUGAAACAGACCUGCUUCAGAACUUCGACAGGAUUAUGGGGUCACUGAACCUUCUGAGGUACUUAUUAAUUCGGGACAAAGAAUGGGAAAACCAUACUGGAAUAUGGACAGAACUCUAUAAGAUUGAAGAGAACUUCUUGAAACUGUUGCACACUGGACUGAAGAUGUCAAAGGCACACUAUGAAGCAGAGAUCAAGAACACAAAAGAAAACAACAGAAGAGGACCGAAAGAAAGUAAGGCUGUCUGCACACUUACAGUAGGUGGUGAGAAGCUGUCUAAUAUGACUCCAGAGAUGCACCUUCAAGUUCUGCAGUCAGCGAUGUUCACUUUUGAUUUAAUAGAGAGCGUCCUGGCCCGAAUAGAAGAGCUCAUCGAGGUGAAAGUAAAACCCUAACCAAAGAAAAGUGGAUCAAAUGGCACAUUAAUGUCAUGGCUUUUGUGUCUGGAUAUGUUGGUUGUUUAAAUAGUGUUAAAUCCUACACCAUUCUAAGGAUUAGAACAGUAAUGGAGUCUGUUUUUCUACAAUUAGCAGCAUGUUAAGAAAAAAAGUAAAAAUAAAAUAAGGAGUUUUCUCUGAUUUAA